AUGGAAAUAUGCCAGCUCUAUGAGAAGCCGUGCAGCGCCAAGAAAGUUGAUACCAUAAAGCCACCGGAUGCCAAGGCCAAGACCUGUUAUGCCUUUUCUAGUCUAUCUGCCACCCUCGAUAUGGGCCUUCUCAGAACGUUGCCGUGGCUUUUCCUUGUGGCUGGUGUCCGCCAAGCCAUCCUGGGCGCCGACUUCUUACAUCAUUUCGGCUUGUCUGUGGACGUGGCUCGCUCCGUUCGUUCUGCGAGCCCUCUAAGCGGCAUCUCCAUUUCUGCCCUCCACUCGCCAUACGCUGCCGUCCUCAAGGACUUCCCAAGUCUCACGCAACCACCAGAUUGGUCGCGCCCAGUCGCACACGAUGUCGUGCACCACAUACAGACCACCGGAGCACCUGUUUUCGCCCGGGCACGUCAGCUAGCUCCGGAGAAGCUCAAGAUUGCAAAAGCGGAAUUUGAGCACAUGCUCUCCAUCGGUGUAGCCAGACCUUCGUACAGCAAUUGGUCCUCCGCUUUGCACAUGGUGCCCAAAGAGACCGACGACUGA